UUGACCAGGAGCUGAUGUUUUGACUGUUGGUCAACAUGGUCAUUGGGGGUGAAACGAAGGAGGAGCUGGAAUAGUCUGGAGAUUAUCUGGAGUCUGCAGACAGCACUAUACUUCCUGGUCACAUGGUGCCACAUGGUGCCGCAUGGUGCGGCUUCAGUCCAACUGAACUGAACAUUCAGAAUGCUCCUUCACGAUCAUUCUCUGGUGUUCCAACAUGGACUUGGCAGCCACCCAGGUCCAGGUCCUGCUGCCUCUUUUCAGACACCCAUAGCCUGAAAAGAGGAAGUUAUCAAUGCCAACAUUAACCUGGAGCUCGGAGAGGCUGGGUGGUUCUUCACAUCAGUUCAGCGGCUGAGAUGAAGGAGGUGAAGUUAGGAUUGAGACGACUGUGAUGACAGGACUUCAGUACAGGUCCACUGCCAUGAUGCUUUGAGACUCAGGACUCAGGAGAGGAAGAGAAGACCCUGAGGUUGUCAUUGUGAGAAAGGAGAAGAUCAGAGAUGAGUCUCUCAGAGGGACAUAAGGAGAAUGGAGGAGAGGUGUUUGUGGGAAGGAGAGACAGUUGGAGCAGAAAUGCUGGAGAUAAGGAAGGCAAUGAUGAGUUUGAUGAUGAAGGUUUGAUGAGAGGAGCGUGAAGAUGUUGAUGGGAGAUGUCCCUGGAGGAAGUGUACUUUUUAAAGCGACAAAUAAAUGAAGGUGGUUGAGCAAAUAUUUUCUAUAGUUUGGCCCCGGGCGCAGCGUGGUACUGGUGUUUCUGUCGUUGACAUCCAUCGUAUUGUCACUCCUGUAUCGUGAUACGUAUCACCAGACUCUCUCCACUACAUAGCCCUGCUGGCUGUAGUUAGCCUCCUCAAGGAGGUGAGAACUAGAUUUGGUCAGAGCAUCAUGAAGUCCCUCGUGGCCCUAUGUUGGCGACGAGCCGACAUCUCGUACGAACUGAGCACAUGCAGGUGUGAGUCACCGGAGCUGCUCAUCACCGCUGGUGGCCAGGAGUGACGGUGCAAACGUGACUCGGGUCGACCCAGAUCCUCCUCCAGCCAGGCAAAUGUUGUUUUUCAGCUCUCAAGUAAACAAACAUGGCCGUUGUAAACAGUGACAACAUCCCAGGGACGAAUGCUGUGAUGUGACUGGCAGGUCACGUGAGAGGGAAACCAGGUCAGAACUGGUGUUGAUGACGACAGAAGAGCGGUUCUCAGAAGCCCUGUCUUGUUUGACUUGUCGUGUGAGCAUUGCACCAGCAACCCGUGGCGCACCUGCACAAGUUCAGUCUUGUCUCUGGUUGUUGCGUCUCCGACUUUCUCUUUCUCUUUGUCGGUUUUUUUUGUGUGAAAACCCCAGCGUGUUGUGAAAGUUCCCCAGCGACGCACUGGCUCUGCCCAGAGUUCACUUCUCCAACGUUGUUGACUCAGCUGGGAGCAAACAGCGUGGCGGGAUCGCAGCCAGGGGACGGGCAGUCCAAGGUUCCAGACACUCGACUACUGGGGUUCAGUUCUGGAGGUGAUGUGGUGCUGGAGGGGUUGUGGGACCCCGGCGGGCUGGGAACCUGAGGACUGUUACUCCAGACCUGUGAGACGACUCAGGACUCAGAGCUCGACGCAGGAGAUCGGCGAGGAGGCCGAGGACGAUGCCAUCUUCACCAUCACGCUGAGGAAGGUGCAGCUCCACCAGUCGGCCACUAAGGGGCAGCGGUGGCUUGGCGUGGACUCGGAGGCGGCCCUCAGUCUCUAUGAGACCUGCAAGGUCCGGACCAUCAAGGCAGGGACGCUGGAGCGGCUGGUGGAGUACAUGGUGACCGCCUUCCGCGGCAAGGACUCCACCUACGUCACCAUCUUCCUGUGCACGUACCGCUCCUUCGCCUCCACCAAGCAGGUGCUGGACCUGCUGCUCAACAGGUAUGCCAGACUCCAGAAUGUUCCGGCUGCUUCAGCCCACAGGGUCUGUCAGGACGACUGCACCGAGCUGAGAAACACGGUGUCGUCCAUCCUGGGCGCCUGGCUGGACCAGUACUCGGAGGACUUCUGGAGCCCCCCCAGCUACGACUCCCUGCACCAGCUGAUGUCCUACCUUCACCUACACUUCCCCGGCUCGGACCUGGAGCGCCGUGCUCGCAACCUGCUGGCCCACUUCCACCGACGGCAGCAGUGUGAGCCUGACUCUGAUGGCGAACACAUCGGCUGCCCCUUUGCCACGCAGGAAGAGAGCGGCUUUGAGGACGAGCUUCCCGCCUUCAGCUUCCUGUCCUUCGACCCCAUCAUGGUGGCUGAACAGUUCACGCUGAUGGACGCGGAUCUGUUUAAGAAGGUGGUUCCAUACCACUGCCUAGGCGGGAUCUGGUCCCAGCGGGACAAGAAGGGGAAGGAGCACCUAGCCCCAACCAUCAGAGCCACCGUGGCCCAGUUCAACUCCGUCACCAACUGUGUGAUUGCCACCUGCCUGAGCAGCCCAGUACUGAAGCCCACGCAGAGAGCACGGCUGCUGGAGCGCUGGAUCGACGUGGCCCGGGAGUGUCGGAUCCUCAAGAACUUCUCAUCCCUGCGAGCCAUCCUGUCUGCGCUGCAGUGCAACGCCGUCCACCGGCUGAAGCGCACCUGGGAGGAGGUGUCGCGGGAGAGUUUCAGAACCUUCCGUGAGCUCUCCGAGAUUUUCUCCGACGACAACAACUACUCGCUGAGCAGAGAGCUGCUGGUGAAGGAGGGUACCUCAAAGUUUGCUACCUUAGAAAUCAACCCCAAGCGGGCCCAGAGACGACACCAGCAGCAGAGAGACUUGGGUGUGAUGCAGGGGACCAUCCCGUACCUCGGCACCUUCCUGACCGACCUGGUGAUGAUGGACACGGCCAUGAAGGACUACACCGAGGGAGGACUUAUCAACUUCGAGAAGAGGAGGAAGGAGUUCGAGGUGAUCGCUCAGAUCAAACUGCUCCAGCUGGCGUCCAACAACUACAGCUUCACUCCGGACGCUCACUUCAGAGAGUGGUUCUCUGGGGUAGAGAAGCUGAGCGAGGCCGACAGCUACAACUUGUCGUGUGAGAUUGAGCCUCUGUCCGAGUCGGCCAGUAACACCUUGCGAGCCAAAAAGAACGGAGGAAUCAUGAAGCGCUGGAGCGAUCGACAGCUGACAGAGGCCGGUUCCGGCGCUGCCGGGUCUCACUCCAAGUCCUUCGACCACUCGCACUACAGACCGUACCAGGGUGGCGGUGGUGGCGACAGCGGCGACGCUCUCAGCGUGACUUCGGUCAGCUCAAGUGGGUCGGACCUGGAGGACGUGAACCCCAGUUUCCUGUCCGACUCUCCCGAAGGACACGAGCGGAAGGUCAGUCGGAAAAUAAAGAAUCCAACACGAACGUCCACGCCGUCUGUCAAACUGUCGGUUUCUGCUCUCGGGAGAGAAGCUCCACCCACAGACUCCACGUCCACGUUCUGGGAGUGCACGUCCCUGUCUUCGCUGGACACGUCCGGAAUGGGCUCCAGCUCGGGCUCAGCCUCCGGCUCCAGCAGCGCCUCGUCCUCCUCUGUGUCCUCGUCCACGCCACUGUCGGCCUCUCGCUCGCACAAGCGCUCUGUGUCCGCCGUGUCCAACUACUCCACGCUGUCGCUGCCGCUUUACAACCAGCAGGUGGAUGACUGCUGCAUCAUCCGGGUCAGUCUGGACGUGGAGAAUGGUAACAUGUACAAGAGCAUCCUGGUGACCAGUCAGGACAAGACGCCGGCCGUCAUCCGGAAGGCCAUGAUCAAACACAACCUGGAGCGUGAGAAGAGCGAGGAGUACGAGCUGAUGCAGAAGAUCUCGGAGGACAAAGAGCUCCGGAUUCCUGACAACGCUAACGUUUUCUACGCCAUGAACUCCACUGCCAACUACGACUUCGUUCUGAAGAAGCGCGGCCCCACCCGCCCACCGCGGGCCAAGACGGUGGCGAGCUCCACGCUGCCGCGCAUGAAGCAGAAAGGACUGAAGAUCGCCAAAGGGAUUUUUUGAGGACACGCCCACUUCCUCCUGAGAUGGAACUUGCCUGACAGUUGGCGCUGCAGAGGCGGACCUGCCAGGCAGGAAGUAGCGCUGCACCUCAGCGAGUGUCUGCGGCGGAGUCUGGACUCUGCCAGGACUGGAAGUAAGCGGAGCUCGCCAUGGAGGCUCCUACAGUGAUGUCACACCCAGGACCCCUCGUUUACAUCCACACAUGAGAUUAGUUUCCUUCUGAGGAUGUUUGCACUUUCUGAUUCCCAGAAUCCUCACUCAGCUGCCACACGAAGCCGCGGCGGCGAGCGAGAGACGUCCCUCCGCCGCUUGAAUGUUUUCGUGUUCAGGGAACAUUUGUCACUACUUGUACCACUAUCGCCCCCCAGUGACUGAGGAGGGGGCGCUGCGGACCAGGACGAGCUCGUCCAAUUAGAACUCACAGAAGGUCAUGUGGAGAGGAUCCAGCUGUUGGUGCCAUGAGUCACCUCAGUUCGGCAUAGCCACCCAGAUAGUGGCUUGUGCCACGUGACUGAAUCGAGAGAGGAACAACUCUGUAAAUAUCAGCUGUUUAUUAUGUUCAUAACUUUGAUGCCACUUUUGUAAUUUACGUUUCCUCGUCUUGGUUACAAAUUGGUGCUGAAUGAGAUGAGCUGUUGCCGCCAUGUUGGACACAGUCCAUCAACCCCGCAGCAGAGUGAAGAGGCUCUGCUCCAUGUCUCCUCUGGCAGAAGCCGCUGAUCUUACCGCCAUUUUAGCGAGCCCUGUGUUGGGGGAAGUGCUAGCAUGCUGCGCUAAUGGGCAGAGCUAGAUGAGCCCGGUGGUAGCCAGGUGGCAGGUCUGGUUUCGUCAUCGGCUCCGUCAGAUGUACGAAUGUUUUUCAGACUUCUGAGGCAGAAACUAUCCUUUAACAACUAGCAGGAUGGUCCAGCGUGUCUGUCGUGAGCUGGUGAAAACCACUUUUGCCUGUGAUUCAAUCUCAGUGCCCAUAAAGUUAAUCUUGCGCUCCCUGCUGGCUCAACUUCAGGACUGACUCGUGCAUCUUCAGAGCAAGGUCUCACCUCCCUUGUCACUCUGGGAACCCUUCUUCCCUCCCACCUGUCUGGCGACCUCAGCCAAGGACAGUCUCAACUCAUUUCCAAUAUGGCGGCUCUGGCCAGUUUCCACGGUGAUGCGGCGGAGUCGGGUCAGGUCAGGUGUCUUGGGGGAUGAUUGACAGUGAAGCUGCUGAACAAGGAUGAUCCGGUUUUUGUUUUUGUGUUUUGAAGCUGAGGAGGAGAAAUUCAACCUGAGAAUGGGGCGUUUGGAUUUCUCCUCUGCAGCCAUUUUGUUCUUUUCUGUUUACGUUCCUGCAUGAAGUUCAGUGUUCCGGACUGACGAGGAAUCCUGUUCAACACUGUGACCUUUGACCUCCACACCACCCCUUAAGUCACAUUGAGCACUGUGACGAUGAGGAGCGCCUCCUUGUGGCUUUGCUUUCUUGGCGUCGAGCUGUUUUCAGGCUCCUGGUGCCAUAACUUUGGGUUUUCUGCCUUUUUCCACAGCAAAGUGAUGUUUGCUUGUUUGUUUACUGUCGUCGUGUUUUUGUUGGUGCGGAGGAGCCGUGGAGCAGACGAGCUGGAGGAAUUCCACUGCCAUUUCACUGCACCCUUCGGGGUCUCAGCACGCCCCUGCGACCUCACACCCCCUGGUCUUGCUAUUGUCUGGUUCUUCAGCGCAGAAUGGGUCGCUCACAGUCUUGCUCAGCCUCAGUAGCCUGCCCUCUGAUGUCUGAUGACGUCCUUGGUGUGUAUCUGCCACCGUCCGUCUGGUCUCCAUCCUACACUUCCUUCACCCUGGUCCUCAACUUUACCCACUCAUCCCUCAAAGACCGGCUGCCUCCCAUCUCUCACUCAGCCUCCAGAGUUCGCUCGUCUUCUCCAGUGGCUCCGUGUCUGGUGGGAUCUGUGAGUGUGUGUGUGUGUGUGCAUGUGUGUCCUGAUCGCUGUCGGUCAUUGUGUCAUGUGAACGGCAUAAUUGGUGGAAACUAAAGAUGAAGACGUGUGAGAGUGUGUGUGUGUAUGCUCCUUGGAUGUUGCUCUGGUGCCAUUUUUCCAUUUUAACAAGCGAAUGAUUUUCUAAAAGUUCCUCCUGCCCCUCCCCCCCCAAAAAAAUGUCCGUUUUUUUUUAUUUAUUAUUUUGGACUUUUGCCUUGUACAUUCUCUCCUCUGGGUUAUAGAUUAAUAUAUUCAUGUAUAUAUGAAUAAACAUUUAUAAACGUGAA